GAUGACGGUCUUCUUUUAUACAAAGCCAAUCCUUAGAGACUGCUGGAGGGGACUGUUUUUUUCAAGUGGCCAAAUCUCAACAAAAGAUCACAAGGCUGUAAAGAAAGAGUGAAACACUUCCCAAUAAAAAGAAACUAACCUCCAGAAACCAACCCUAAAGAAAUGGAGAUCUGGCCGGGUAAGGUGGCUCAUGCUUAUAAUCCCAGCACUUCAGAAGGCUGAGGCGGGGGGAUCACUUGAGGUCAGCAGUUUGAGACCAGCCUGGCCAACAUGGUGAAACCCCAUCUCUACUAAAAAUAUGUGAAUUAUCCACGUGUAGUGGUGGGCGUCUGUAGUCCCAGCUAGGUGGGAGGCUGAGGCACAAUCCCUUGAACCUGGGAAGUGGAGGUUGCAGUGAGCUAAGAUCACACCACCGCACUGUAGCCUGGGUGACAGACUCUUGUCUCAAAAAGAUGCUAAAGGGAAUUCUUUAAAUUGAAAGGUAAUAACAUGAAACUAUGAAAAUAUAAAGACUCUGGUAAAAAAUACAUAGAUAAAGAAUCCCUUAGUAUUGUAAUGUUUGAACAUAAACCAUUUUUAAGCCUGCUGUAGAAUUUGAAAGAAAAAAGCAAAGCUAGGCCGGGCGCAGUGGCUCACGCCUGUAAUCCCAACACUUUAGGAGGCUGAGGCAAGUGGAUCACUUGAGGUCAGGAGUUCGAGACCAGCCUGACCAACAUGGUGAAACCCUGUCUCUACUAAAAAUACAAAAAUUAUCCGAGCACAGUGGCUAGUGCCUGUAAUCCCAGCUACUCAGGUGAGGUAGAAUCGCUUGAACUUGGGAGGCGGAGGUUGCAGCGAGCCGAGAUUGCGUCCAGCCUGGACAACAAAGCGACAGACUGUCUCAAAAAACAACAACAACAACAGCAACAAAGCUGGGCAUGGUGGCAUGUGCCUGUAAUCUCAGCACUUUCGGAGGCUGAAGUGGGAGGAUCACUUGAGGCCAGGAGUUCGAUACCAGUCUGGGCAACAUAGGUAGAUCCUGUCUCUACGAAACAUUUAAAAAAAUUAAAAACUGACUGCUAUAACUUUUUGGUAGAUUAGCCCUUUUAUCAUUAUGUAAUUUUCCUGUCUCAAUUUUCUUUGUCUACAAAGUCCACAUUAUCUGAUAUUAAUACAGUAGACCACUUCAGUGCCUUUGACAUUGAACUCAUGGGAUUCUGGGUGACCAGGGUCAUUGUCCAAUAUCAAAAGAACAUUCAAGGGCAGUCCCUUACUGGCAAGGUACUUCGUGAUUUCACGGACAAAAGCAUUAGUGGAACCAGUCCAGAAAAAGUUUCUCAUUGUCCAGGCCUUUUGGUUGUGUGCCCAAGAACAGAAAGUUCAUACUUAACCUUUUCCCUCCAAGGCUUGGAGGUUAGCAGCAUUGUACAUAACAGCAGUUCUGAUCAUAAACCCGACUACAUUUGCACAAAACAGUAGAGAGACUCCAUUCCUUCCUACCUUUAUUUUUUGUAAAGACAGCAUCUCGCCAUGUUGCCCAGGCUGUCCUGGAACUUGCGGUCUUGAGUGAUCCCCUGACUUCGGCCUCCCAGGGUGCUGGGAUUACAGGCAUGAGCCACUGUACCCAGCCUGGCCUUUACCUUUCUUACAGCUCUCUGGGAUUUGGCAUUAUUUCAGGUUUGCCAAGAAAAUAACAUCCAUCUGUUUCCAAGAUUUAAAAUGUUGCUGGUGUGUCCUUACUUGUUUUUCCUGACCUUGUGAAUUAACAAGUUUUCAAACAAUCUGUUACAUUUGCUUUUAGUGGUACAGAGGAGGCAAAAUACAUUUUUCUUGCGCAUCCUAUGUUGGUGGCUGAGACCCCUAAGACAAAAGACAAAUUAACAAGAGCAAAACAUACAAGUUUCUUUAAUACAAGUUUUACAUGACACAGCAGCCUACAUAAGGAAAUGAAGUCCCAAAGAAACAGUUAAAGUUGUGUAUUUUUAUGCUAAAUUUGAUGAAGUCACAGAGAAAUAUAAAUGGACAAAGAGGAUAUGAUCUAAUAGUAAUACACUGGGGGCAACUUAGCAAGGCCUGUUUGUUCAAGAGUUUUCUUUGUGACUGUGUGUCUUCAGCAAUAAAGAUGUUACUUUCCUCCAGGUAUAGGGAGUGCAAAUCUCACAUGAGAAUCUUAUGACCUGCUUCAGGGGACGUUAGGAAAUUCUUCCUAGGUUUUACAACCUGCUUCGUGGGAGAUGUGUGGAAAAGUCCUUCCUGUUUCUGCUGUUUUCUCAAAUGAUGAGGUGCCAUAUUUUGGCAGUGUGUGUGUGUCCUGAACUAUAUCAGUACGUGUUAGGAGGGAACAAAAUUAGAUGUGUUCUACCCAAUCUGCCUUCUUUUCUUCUUUACUGUAUGCUUUGAAGGCUGCAAAAUUUCCUCUAAAUAUUCCCUUUACCUAAAUCUUUUCUAAAAAGUUUCUAGUCUUUUAAAAAAUGUUUAGCUUAAUUACAUUGUCAAAGAAUAUGGUCUUGUGUGAUACCAAUUGCUUGAAAUGUGUUGAGGCUACUUUACAGACUAGUAUGAGAUCAUUUCUUAAAUGAAUAUAUGCUUUUCCAUGUGUUUUCUUCAGUUUUGGGGUGGAGUAGUCUACAUGUCUAUUCAUUAACAUAAAACUAAUUUUGCUUUUCAAAUAUUUCAUAUCUAUAGUGACCUUUUUGUCAGCUUUUCUAUUAGUUACUGAGAAGGUAGGUUAAAAACUCUGAGGCCAGGGUGGUGGCUGACGCCUAUAAUCCCAGCAUUUUGGGAGGCCAAGGCAGGAGCAUUGCUUGAGCCCAGAAGUUUGAGACCAGCUUGGGCAAGAGUAAGAUCCCAUCUGUACAAAAAAGAAAGAAACAAAAUUAAAAAUGGGUUCUGCCCAUGUUUGCUUUAUGUAUUUUGUAUCUUAUGUUAUUAAAUACAUAAAAGUUUAAAAUAUUUUAUUUGCUGGUAAAUUAAUGCCUUUUUUUUUUUUUUAAGACACUCUCUUGCUCUUGUCACCCAGGCUGGAGUGAGGUGGUGCAAUAUCAGCUCACUGCAACCUCUGCCUCUCAGGUUCAAGUGAUUUUCUUGUCUCAGCCUCCCGAGUAGCUGGGACUACAGGUGCCCGCCACCACGCCUGGCUAAUUUUUUUUGUAUUUUUAGUAGAGACAGGGUUUCACCAUGUUAGCCAGGCUGGUCUUGAAUUCCUGACCUCAGGUGAUUCACCCACCCGCCUCCCAAAGUGCUGAGAUUGCAGGCCUGGCCAGAGAGACGACUUUAGCCGGGGUAAGGGGCCGCCUGGGAACCCCGCGUCCCGCCUGGACACACCGAUGACCUGCAGCGGCCACACCGUGGGCCACCUCAGCUGGCCACUGGCACAGCCUUGCCCUCUGGGGCCCCGUUCUCGCACACGCCGACGGCCUGGCCGCACUGCAGCCCCGCAGCCUUGUGGGAAAUGUAGUCUGGCGCUCCGGGCUGUAAGCGCCGGUCGCGGCUGUGUGGGUCGCCGCUGCUCCCGCUCCUGCUGGGAGAGGUUUCAGGAAUCAGUGACUUUCAAGGAUGUGUCCAUAGAUUUCUCUUGGGAAGAGUGGAUUCAAGCAGAUUCUGCUCAGAGGAUGACCGUGUAUGGGGAGGUGAUGCUGGAGAACUACAGGAACCUGGUCUCACUGGCAGGAAAUCACCUUUCCAAACCCAAUGGGACUUCCCAGCUGGAACGAGAAGAACUGAGUCUGAUGCAAAAAGAACCGCCUGAGGGUGGCUUUCGAGACUGGGAGACAAGACUUGAAACCAAAGAGCCAACUCCGAAGCCCGGUAUUACUGAAGAUUUAUGCCAUGGGGUAACAAUGGAAAGGGAAGGUAUCUGGCAUUCUACUCUAGGGGAAACCUGGGAACCUAAUAAUUGGUUAGAGGGACAACAGGAUAGUCAUCUGAGCCAAGUGGGAGUUACCCAUAAGGAAACCUUCACUGAGAUGAGAGUAUGUGGAGGUAAUGAAUUUGAAAGAUGUUCCAGUCAGGAUUCAAUCCUUGAUACACAGCAAAGCAUUCCUAUGCUAAAAAGGCCCCAUAACUGUAAUUCACAUGGAGAAGAUGCCACACAAAAUUCUGAGUUAAUUAAAACUCAAAGAAUGUUUGUAGGAAAGAAGAUCUAUGAAUGUAAUCAGUGCAGCAAAACCUUCAGCCAGAGCUCAUCCCUUCUUAAGCACCAGAGGAUUCAUACUGGGGAGAAACCCUAUAAGUGUAGUGUAUGUGGGAAACACUUCAUUGAACGCUCCUCCCUUACUGUUCAUCAAAGAAUUCAUACUGGAGAGAAACCCUAUAAAUGUAAUGAAUGUGGGAAAGCCUUUAGUCAGAGCAUGAAUCUUACUGUCCAUCAACGAACUCACACCGGAGAGAAACCCUAUCAGUGUAAAGAGUGUGGCAAAGCCUUCCAUAAGAAUUCGUCUCUUAUUCAACAUGAAAGGAUUCAUACUGGAGAGAAACCCUACAAAUGUAAUGAAUGUGGUAAAGCUUUUACCCAAAGCAUGAAUUUGACAGUUCAUCAGAGAACUCAUACAGGAGAAAAACCCUAUGAAUGUAAUGAAUGUGGAAAAGCCUUCAGUCAAAGCAUGCAUCUUAUUGUACAUCAGAGAAGCCAUACUGGAGAAAAACCCUAUGAGUGUAGUCAAUGUGGAAAAGCCUUUAGUAAGAGCUCAACUCUUACCCUACAUCAGCGAAAUCACACUGGAGAAAAACCCUACAAAUGUAACAAAUGCGGGAAAUCCUUUAGCCAAAGUACAUAUCUUAUAGAACAUCAGAGACUUCAUUCUGGAGUAAAACCUUUUGAAUGUAACGAGUGUGGAAAAGCUUUCAGUAAGAAUUCAUCUCUAACUCAACAUCGGAGAAUUCACACUGGAGAGAAACCUUAUGAGUGUAUGGUGUGUGGAAAACAUUUCACUGGACGAUCAUCCCUUACCGUGCAUCAGGUCAUUCACACUGGAGAGAAACCUUAUGAGUGCAAUGAAUGUGGAAAGGCAUUCAGCCAGAGUGCUUACCUUAUUGAACAUCAAAGAAUUCAUACUGGUGAGAAACCCUAUGAAUGUGAUCAGUGUGGAAAAGCCUUCAUUAAGAAUUCAUCCCUUACAGUGCAUCAGAGAACUCAUACAGGAGAGAAACCCUAUCAGUGUAAUGAAUGUGGAAAAGCCUUCAGCCGGAGUACAAACCUUACACGACAUCAAAGAACUCAUACGUGAGGAAUGUUUUCACUGGCCCUUACCUCAUGAUUAACUCUUCAGUAAUAAUCGUAUGAGACAUACAAUGUAGAAACCUAAUAAAUGUAAUGAUUGUGGGAAUCUUUCAGUUGAAGUACAAUAUAUCAUAUCAGAUAAUACCACUGCAGAGAAUCCAUCUAAAAGUAGAGAAAUCUUGAUUCAGAAUGUAUAAUUUCCUUUAUGUCAGAAGGUUUAAGUAGCUAAUAUAAACAAUGAAGAGUCAUGCAGAAGAUAAGUUCUGUUAUAUCAUACCGCACAUUCUCCUUUGGCCAUCAGAGACUUUACACUGGAGAGAAAAAUGUGAGAGUGUUUAACUGGACAGCCCAGAGACCUGGUAUGUAGUCCUAAUCUGCCACUGCCUUGGACAACUUGCCUACUUCCACCAGGUUAUGGUUCUUUAUUUGGUAAAUGAAUGAUUUUGGAGUUAGAAAUCUUGUAGGAGCUCUGUUAGCUCUAAAAUGCUACAACUCUAUAAAUGUAAUGAAUGCUGGGAAA